UCGACCGUUACUUUUGAAUGGCUGUUGUUGAUUAAGCGUUAGAUUUGGGGGAUUGUUUUAUCUAGGCAGCUAGUCGUAGUUAAAUCUUCUCACUUUCCACAAUAUUAAGUAGGCUACGAGCAUAAUUUAACCUAUUCUGGUGAAAUCAAGGGGUUAAACCAAAUAACGUUACCAAUUAACGGUGGCUUAGCAUAACUAUUAAUGUAGUGUUUUGUGUGUCCAGGAUCGUUUGGAGCUAGACUAGCUAAAUUAAUUAGCUGUAGGUUAGACUAGGUAAUUUCCAGCAAAACCAUUGUAGAAACGAUAGUCUACGGUAAUAUUAAACAACAUAACUUCAUCUGAUGCGAGAAGAAAUUAACGUAGUGAUAUGUAGUCAGUAGGCCUACGUAGGGCACAGUGCAACGAUUCUUGGCAGCAAAGCCUUUAGAAAAGGUGUUUAAUUCAUAUGUUUUUAAUUAAGUAGCCUAGGGUAUUAUAUUACUAUUGACUUUUCGUCGGUCUCCUACUCUAUCCUCAGUCAAAAAUUGCAUUAUGCCUCGUGGAAGGUCAGCACCCAAUAUCACCUUCAACAGCAAUGACAGCGAGGUGGAUAAGAUAAUACGGAUCAGUACAAUGUCUCGUGGAAGGUCUGAGCCUAAUGUCAACUCCAGCAGUGAGCUCGACAUGGAUGUUAUAAAGGCAGAGAUGGGCAAGCUGCAAAUACAGCUACGGACUGUGGAGGAAGAGCGGCAGGCCUACAUUCUCCAGUCUCAGGAUCUGAUCCGCAAACAGCGGCGUGAGAUAGAGUGGCUGCAGGCGGAGCAAGCAGAGCUCCAUCGCAUUCUCCGCAUGUGUGAGAGCCGCACUCACAGGCUGCAAGACGCUGCGGUCACACAUGACCUGCUCAUCCUGCUGGAACACAAAGACGAGAUGGACAAGCUGCUGGAGACUGAGAGACUGACCCUGGAACAGCUGAACAAGGAGAUCCUUAGAGUGGACCGUAGGCUGGUCAUUUUGCGGAGGGUGGGGAGCACGGGGGGCUACAGCCAGAGAAGUAGAGCCCCCCCAACCCAGAAGUCCACACCAGUCCUGGAGAACCAUCUGGACCAGGCCCUGAUCCGGUUAAACAUGCACCUGACACGGAACAGCCAACUGAGAGAGGACCUUGAGUCCCUGCGCAUCAAGAGAAUCCAAUUCCAGCAGAUGCGUCAGAGACUGGAAGUGGAACUCCAGGAGAUACGUGAAGACAUCAGGGAUGUUGUAAACAUCUCCACAGCAGCGUACAAUGCUAGGGUGGAGGUGCAGGUGAAGAUGAUGAGGAUUAAGGAGUUGGCUGUAAAGGAUCUGGCACAUUACAGCAUGGAAAUGAAGGAGCUUGAGACAGUAAUUCAUGACGAGCGCCACCUCCAAGACUUCCUGACCAUUAAGUGUCACAGUAGGAGUGGACAAGAGGACCACCCCCAUAGUCCACAAGACUCGGAAAUGAGAGAAGAGAUGACAGACGAGAUGCUGGCUGUUUUGGACGAUACCUUCCUAAAGAUCCACAGUUUGACUGGUGAGGAGAACCUGGAUGUGCUGGUGCGCAGGUUCCUCCAAAUUGAGGACCAAAACUUUGCCCUCUUCGAUUAUGUAAAUAAGCAGAGCACCAAGGUAAAGGCACUGAAGGACCAAAUUAACCAGAUCCAGCAGGACACUGAGCAGCUGCGUGAGGGCCGGCAGCGGCGGGAGAUGGAGCGCCACGCCCUGAUGCGGGACCUGCAGGCGCAGCAGCAGGCCGCUGAGAAAAGGGCUCAUGCGUGUAAUGCGCAGGCCACCGCAGCCACCAAGAUCCUGGACCAAGUCAGGACAGGCAUGAAGCGUGUGCUUCGUAAGCUGGAGCGUGUGCGGAACGUAAUGAAGGACUUGCCGUCCGCUGCCUCGAUCACAGAUAAGAACCUAGUAGACAUCCUGGACGUUUUGGAUGAGAAGAUCAACGGCCUGCUCAGAAUCCAGGCCUUCCUCAAGUCCAAGGUGGGGGGGUUGUACAUCUUGGACAACUGUGUGACAGAAAACUCUUUAUUUAGUGAGGAGGAGAGACCUCUGACUGAGAAAGAGCUCCGCCAGCAAAUGAUAAAGGAGAUACUGAUGAGGGAGGGAAUCAUUGGGCCUAGCAGGGGGAGGGAGGUGAAACCCUCCAAAUCCAAUAAGGCACCCAGCACUCAACGGCGCCAUCCAGAGGCCUGAAUGGGGAUUACUCCCCAGGCCAGCUGCCAGCCAGGCUCUCCUCCCUCACCCAGGACGCAUCACAGACUGAACGCAAGAAGCCGCUGCCCACUGCCCCUUCCCUCAUGUACAGACAUCAUAUAUCCGAAAUUCAUCGUCAACUUCCUGUGUUUUGACGCAGCUUGUCUGCGGUUUUGUGUUUUUUUAUUUCGGUAUGUGCGAAUACGUGAGAGGGAGCUGACCAGCUUUUUUGUCUUAACUUUUAGCUUUGCCAAGGGCAAGUUCACACAACUGGCCGGUUUUUACAUUCCUGCGCAUAAAUUAUUCCAAUGUUAGGGCCAGCCAGGAACUGAGGAAUGCUGUUUGAGUUGUUUUCCUCUUAAAAGAAUUCAGUUUGAUUCCAACCCUGCUGUUCUGAUAUGUUGACUGGCAAUCACAGCAAUUAUCCCCAAUUUAUUGUCUUUGAUAGAGAAUGUUGGACAUGUAUCCGGAAAUUGUAUGUCCAAAUUUUCCUAAAAGUCUCAACUCCUUCCUCUUGGGUAGGUUGGAGCUUAGGGCAGCAUUAAGAUUUUCGUUUUUCGUUAUAUUCCUCAAUGUAUUAUUUGCCUAUUUUGAAAUCUUAUUCAACAUCCUUUGUUUGGGAAAAUUCAUUGGGCCUAAUUGCUCUGAGCAUAUGACAUUAGGCUUUAUAUUGGACACAGUGAUAUGUGCCCAACCUUCUCUAAAUAUGUCCCUGCAGUUGUACUGCAGAACAGCAGGGGGCAGCAGAGCCUUUGAGGUGAUUAAGCUUCUAGGUAUUUUCUGUACUUCCUUGUGCUCUUGUUACAGUUAGUAAAACAUUCAGUUCCAAACAUGAGUUCAUUUCUUCCUGCUAUGAUGUCUAAGUAUGAUUCUCAGAGGAAUGUGUAACUGCCUCCAUUUUUUCAACUUGUCUUGUGAGUCCGACUAUAGCCCUGUACCCGCAGGAUUAGUGUUUCCUGUAUAUGGUAGAUUGUUGUUUGACCUAAAAGGUAUAAAGGUUAUGACGCAACAGUUUUGCUGAUGUUG